AUGUCGGGCUUCUUCACAGCCAAUGAUGCUGUUGUUGGUAAUGAUCAGAAGUCAGGCACCUUCUGGAAACGAGUUGGAGAAUACUACGCAUCUAGUCCUCAUGUUAGAGCGAGCAGUGAGAAGACAGAGCAUAACCAUUGUAAGCAGAAGUGGCAUAAGAUCAACGACUGGACGAACAAGUUCUGUGGAGCAUUCGCUGCUGCAGAGAGACAAAUGACCAGUGGACAGAGUGAGAACGGCGUUCUAAAGCUGGCUCAUAAAAUCUACUACGAGGACCACAAGCAGAAGUUUACCGUUGAGCAUGCGUGCACCAAUGUUGGUGACGUUGCUUACGUUGAGAUGCGACCCGAAGGUGUGAAGGCUGCUAAAGCAAGAAGGAAUAAUGGUAAAGGGAAGACUCUUGAGGAGUAUAAGACUACGUGUGAGCUGAAGAUGGUAGAUUUGGUGAUGAAGGAUAAACUAUCCAAGCUCGCCAUUCUUGACACUCUCCUUGCUAAGAAGGAACCACUUAGUGAGGCUGAAGAAGUUGUAACACAAGCAGUGGGACUGGAUUAUAGCUACACACAGCCUUCUGAAUCGGAGGACCAUGGUUUAGGAGACUCAGCAGACAGUGGCUACAGCCAAACCGAAGCUGAGUUUGAAGCUGGUAUACUGCUGGACCAAGCUGAGAUUGAAGCCUCGCGGGUUCAGUACCCUCCGCAGCAUGAGGUCGAUUUCGGUUUCCCGAAGGAAUGCUACUGUGGUGGCAAACUGGUUGUAGCCACAUCUUACACAAGAAAUGAUCUGGGGCGAAGGUAUUACACCUGUGAGAACGUCGACGACGGAGACUGCCACGUUUGGAAAUGGUGGGACGUGGCGGUAAUGGAGGAGAUGAGAGCCAUGGGUACGCAGGUUGGCCAGCUCGCUGAGAAGGUAGAUCAUCUAGCGUUUGCAAGUGACUACGAGACAUAUCUAAACCAGGAAAACUCUAGGUUUGGUAAUGAGAUUGAACAAAAACUUAUUAGGCUUAAGAAAUUAGUCCUUGAGUUAGGUAAGAAGAAAACAAGGGAUAUGAAUGGGUUAGAAUUCGUUGUUGCUGUAAUGGUUUUCGUUCUAGUUGUACUAGGAAUGGUACUCAUGUUUAAGUAA